AUGUCUGCUACUAAGGAUGUCCAGUUUACUUUGAAAGUCAUGAUAAAUAGAGAUAAAACUAAAGUCCUCUUUGCAGAAGCCGACAGCGAUUUUACCGACGUACUGUUAAGUUUCCUCACAUUGCCAUUGGGGAAGAUUGCGAAAAUCCUUGUGGAACACUAUGGAGACAGCACACCGGCAGUCUGUAGCUUGACCGCUUUGUACAAUAGCCUUGCCGAUCUUGAUGUGCUCCAUUUUCAUUCAGAGACCAGUAAACAAAUGCUGCUAAACCCGAGAAGCGUGUUUGAUAAAGAAUGCCGUAAGCUGAAGCUGAAUCUUUGUGAUUCCAAGCCCACCAAGUACUUUACAUGCGGACAGGCGUCCAUUGGGGAGCACAAUUUCAGCAUGUACUAUGAUACUGUUAGAUGUGAUUGUGGGAAAACAAUGAGCACAGAAACAAACUUUAUAUCAUCUGAGGCUGCUGAAGAUGGCGAUGAUCGAGCUUUUUGCACAAAAGGUGCUUCCUUUAUAAUCGGUGAUGAUAUGCUGGUGGCACCUAAUGUAGCGGGGUCGGUGUUGAGGACUCUAGCGGAACUUGGUGUUAGGGACAUCAAAGGGGCUGAGAUGAGGAAUGUGACGUUCGGAUAUAAUGAGAUUAUAGAUAUGCUGAGAGGCAUGUUUGUGUCACGGACUCCUUUGACCGAUGUCAUAAUCGGCAAAGCUCAAACUAACUCUGGAGUUUCCAUACCAAAGACAAACGGCAAAGCUCAUCAAAGAAACUCUGGAUUUUUCACACCAAAGACAGAGGAAGAAACUGUUUCCAAAUCUGAGAAGACGAUGAUAUUGAAAGUGAUGAUACAAAAAUCUACACAAAAGUUCAUGUUUGCGCAAGCAGAGGAUGAUUUUGCCGAUUUUCUCUUUAGUUUGCUCACGAUCCCACUCGGUGGAGCUUUGUCACUUCUGGGGACCAACACUGGUGUUACAAGUUUAGACAAGUUUUACGUGAGUGUGGAAAGUAUUAAUGGAGACAAGUACUUGACUAAAGACAGGACCAAAUUUCGGAAAACCGAACUUCCUAUCGGGUAUAUGUCCCCAAACCAACUUCUCCCUCUAACUGAAGGUGGAGUUCCUGAACUUCAUUUUGUUGGAGCCAGUGGACUUCUCUUACCUGAACUUCAUUCGUCUCCUUUAACUGUGACAAAUACAACGCCUUCUUUGAAACGUGCGCCAUAUGCAAACCCUUUUUAUUCUAAUAAUGUGACACAUAGAACGUCCAAUUUGGUUCGUCUCAAGUCUCCAAAAGGCAAUGGGAAUUACGUGAAGGGACCGACAAUGUAUAUGGUGACCGAUGAUUUAAGCGUGACUCCAUUAUGCAUGACCUCAAGCCUUUCUAUUUUGGACCGGCUGGGAAUCUCAUUAUCUGAUGUCGAAGAAUUGGAGCUUAACAUUGGAUUGGAAGAGGCUCUGAGCAUUUUGAAGGCAUCUCUUAACUCGACUUCGGCCCUGACCAAUGCCCUUUCUGGUCCAUCACCAAAAAAGCAAUCACCGAAAAAGCGUGUUAAAAUAGAACACUGA